AUGAGCUCCAAUUACAAUCCAGAUUACAGCUUGCAAAACCGUUACAUGCCUCCAAACCAGUACAACGCAAACAAUUAUCCUCGUUCCAACCGUUCACAUCCCAUUGCCACAUAUUCUUUUCCCUCCCCAGCUAGCCAGCACGCCUACGAUGGAGACCAUAGCCUGUCCCCACACAUCAACCGGCCUCCUGCUCCCUCCCAACGGUCGCCCCUUGUUUCGGACUCAUUUAGAUUUGCUGCUGCCCCUGACCCACAUUUUUUGCGCGCUCCCACCGAAUUCCCAGAUUUGGUCAGGUGGUCCCCUGCACCCUCUCAAUCAAUAUUGCGCGGCUCAACAGGCCCCAUCGACUUGGACAAGAACAUCAUAAAUCCAAUAUACUCGCCAAAUCUCACCCGUGCAGCACAUUCCCCAGAAUGGUCCGAUUCCCGCAGGUCCCCUGCACCCUAUCACUCAAUCUUGCGCGGUUCAACAGGCCCCAUCGACUUGGACGAGAACAUCAUACAUCCAACAUACUCGCAAAAUCUCACGCGUGCAGCACAUUCCCCAGAAUUGUCCGAUUCCCUCAGUUAUGCUCCUGCGCCCCCCCGACUCUUCUCGCGCGCUUCAACUUCCUUAACAGAUUCAACCGAUCCAUUCAGAAUCACUCCUGCGCCGGGCCGGCACCUCUCAAAUGGUUCAUCACCCCUUCCUGACUCGGUUGAGUCAAUCCGUUUCACUCGUUCAUCCAACCAACCGGGCCCGGCCUCGCGCAAAUCGUCACCGGCUCCUCCUCCCAUUGCAAAAACCCGCAGUCGUCCUGUCCUGUGCACCCCCUUGGUAUUCACCUGCGCCAUAUACUUUACAAUAUACUGCCCAGAUAAGAAGCCGAAUAAUAAAGACCGCUAUGUUUGUUACCGACAGCCAAAGGGCUGCUCAAUUAAGUUUAAUCCAAACCAAACCUCUUGGGAAUACUUCCGAAAAAUUGUCAAAGAAGCUUGCUCCGUCAAAUAUAAAAAUAUGGGACUGAAGAUUGACGACGGCACUAAUUCCAACCCCCCUACAAUCACAUGGAGCGCCUACAUACUCCGCAACGAGGAGUGGUCGAAAUCUGAACCCAAAGGAAUGGCCGAUGAAUCUACUUUUCAAGAUUGGAUGAGGGAAAUUGUGAUGAGCCGGCGACAGAAAGGCGGCAUCCUACUCACGAUGGAGAAUCCAGAAGACAUGGCGAAACAAGCUCGCAAAAAUGACCUGUUGACUAAGCAUGUCCUGAAGAGGAAAGCUCGCCAAUCCGGUUUAUCUUUAUCUGAUUCUCAACGGCGCGCGCGUGGGUCGGACUUGGAUACGGAAGAGGAUAAUUCUUCCACCAACGAAUACGAGGACCUGGAAAUCUAUAUGGAUCAGAUCUACAACAAAUACUCAAUUAACCCACACUACAAUACGUUGCUCCCCUCCUAUCCCCACCCAGCGGACCCGGAAAAAUACAUAGUUCUUUCUAACGCACACGUGGACAUUUGGGCCAAGGCAUUGCUUAAGCGUACCCCAGGUGUGACAAUUGAUUCGCCUCCAUCGUCCAUGAAGUAUGAAUCACGCAGCUUGCCUUCCCCUCGCAAAGGAUAUACUGGGGCUGUUGCAUCAAUUGACCCAGGACAAUUGGCUGCAAUUGCAUCCGCAAUCACGCAAGCACAUGUGGCUGCGCAAGCCUCUCUUGCACCUCCUGUGCGGGAUCCCUCGCCAGUAUUGUCUGGGAUCAACGAGCCGAUUGGGGGACUUCCGCAUGCAAUGUCAGAUUAUCUAGAUUUUGCAGGGGUUCGAACUGACAAGGAGAUGACUUUACAAAUUCUACUCGAAAACGGGAUUGAUCACUACAAGCUCUUCAAGCAAAAGGAUGUGUCUGUGGAAAAACUAACGGACAUGGGGAUCAAGUCUAGUAAAAUUCCUAUCAAAAUCAGUCAUUAA